AUUCACUCCCUUCCAUUUUAAGCGCCUGCGACAGAGUGAGCCGAGCAGAGCAGAGGAGUCAAUCUACUCUUCCUCCCACCGCCGCGGCCGCCGCCGCCGCCGCUCGUCGUUUCAAGAGGCCGCCUCCAACCGCAGCGCAGGAUGAGCGAAGAGGACUCGACGAGCGCCGCUGCGCAGCAGCCGACGAGCCGGCCCGCUCCGAAGCUCAAUGAGAGGAUCCUGUCGUCGCUGUCGAGGAGGGCGGUGGCCGCACAUCCGUGGCAUGAUCUCGAGAUCGGCCCUGGGGCUCCAGCGGUGUUCAAUGUUGUUGUUGAGAUCACAAAGGGAAGCAAAGUAAAAUAUGAGCUUGACAAGAAAACUGGAUUGAUUAAGGUUGAUAGAGUUCUGUACUCAUCAGUUGUAUAUCCUCACAACUAUGGUUUCAUUCCAAGGACACUUUGUGAAGACAAUGAUCCAAUGGAUGUGUUGGUCCUGAUGCAGGAGCCUGUUAUUCCUGGUUCUUUCCUCCGAGCUAGAGCAAUUGGCCUUAUGCCCAUGAUUGAUCAGGGCGAAAAGGAUGACAAGAUCAUAGCAGUCUGUGCUGAUGAUCCUGAAUACCGUCACUACAAUGACAUCAGUGAGCUGUCUCCUCACCGCCUCCAAGAGAUCAAGCGCUUCUUUGAAGACUACAAGAAGAAUGAGAACAAGGAUGUCGCUGUCGAUGCGUUCUUACCUGCGACCACUGCCCGCGAGGCCAUUCAGUAUUCGAUGGACCUGUAUGCGCAGUAUAUUCUGCAAAGCUUAAGGCAGUAGCAUGCCGGUGGUUGUGUCGCGGAAAUCUUCUAUUAAUAACAAGUGGGGAAGAGCCGAGACUUUGUGUGUUAUAAAUAAAUGCGCAACAAUGUGUACUUGCACUGUUUAUGAAGAUUAAGUGAUGCUUUAUGAAUGGGAAAAUUUGUUGUGCCUGUUAGCAAAUUGCUUGCCCAAUUCAUAUAUCCAAAAAGUGUCACUUUUUAAUCC